CCCAAAUUUUGGUUCUCCCGCAAUUAAUUUUAGUUUCCCACAAAUUAUUUUGGUUUCCCACAAAUGUUUUUGGUUUUCAUCCUCCUUCUUUACCCGGUUACUUCCCUUUCCCUAAAACAUUCGAGAACUUUCUCUCUUCCUCUCUUCCUCUCGCCGUCGCCUUGCUUGAUCUCUUCUUCUUGCCGUCAGUUCUCUUUCGCUCUUCUCGGUUUUCUUCCUAACUUCCUCUCGUCGUUGGUUCUCUUUCUUUCUCUCUUCCUCUAUUCCCCUCGCCGACUCUUAAUCCACAAAUCCUGAUGGCUCCUUCUGGCUGUGGCCGUCGCAACUCAAGCACCGCCGACAAAACUCAGACGGGUAAGGAUAAAGUCCAGGGCGAGUAGCUCUGAAGGCGGACUGGAAGGCAAUGAAGGAAAGGGGUGGAUUAGGACUGGGUUUUGGGAUUCAUAUUCUGAGUUUGAGUUUCUAUUUAAGUACUUGUGUUAGUGCUUUAUGAGUUGAACCGAAUCUGAUAAAUUAGUUUGUUAUUGAGUCCAAAUUCUGUUAAGUGUUUCUGGAAUAAUUAUGCAAUGAGAAUGAAUGUCUUUUGAUGAAUUGAACUUGUUUAAGUUUAAGAAAAGUUUUUAAAAUAUGCAUGUUUUUGUACUCUGGCCGAGAGAAGACUCGGUGAGGUUCGGGCCGGUCUAGUGAUAGACGGUCGGAUCCUCACAGAAGCUCUCUCCGAUUUUGAUUUCUUCUUUUGGGUGAUGAUUUGAUGAAAUUAGUUUUUAGGUCGUGAACUCUCUGAUUUUGAUUCUCUCCGUAUCAAUUGAUUCUUGUAUGAUUUAUGGGUUUGACUAGUGUUUGAAUAAUGGGUUUGUCUAAAUGCUUAAAAUUUUUAUUGUGUUAUGAAGCUCUUCCUUGGACAUGCUGUUUCUGGAGUUUCUGUUGGAUUUAUUUUUGUAGCUUAAAAUGUUAUUGUUAUCAAUGCAGGUCAUGCCAUGCCACCAGGAGCUGUUGGAUAUAGAAACUCAUCUGGUCCUUCCAUGCCACACGAAGCUGUUGGCGCUACAAGUGCUGCAAUUUCAGCUGCUAAUAACCACACUCGCAUGACUCUGGAAGCAUUAAUGGAUGCUCCUUCCAGAGAACUUCAGCCACACCUCCAUCCAAAGAAACUCAAUGGCGCUUUAUGGUUUGGUAUAGACCCCUCUGUUCACAAGUUUAUCAAAACAACUUGGCAAGCUUACUACAUGGGACCAUGGAGGAGCUGGAAAUUCGUUCCUGAUGAGAGGAAAGAUAAGUGGUGGCAUACUUUUGUGCAAAACUACUACUGGGAGGCUCGGUUUAAUGAUGAUGUCUACAACAAAUGGAAAGUGCACACACAGACUACGAUUUGUGGCAAAAUUAGCAAGAAGAAGAGAGAAAACCAGAAUCCCAAGUACAUAAGUGAAGAUGACUGGACCACUCUGCUUGAGUAUUGGUCAUCUGAACCGGCAAUCAAGAAGAGCAAAGAUGCGGUUAAAUACCGCACAUCAAACCCGGAUGGAAAAGGGAUGCACAAGCAUUGUGCAGGUCCUCAAAAUUUUUUGAAGAUCGAGUAUGAUAUGAUGGUAGAGUCUGGUCUUGAUGAACCACCACCUUACACGGAGUUUGUGCGAAAGACACACACACGAGAUGGAAGUUUCAUUGAUGGUCGAGCUGAGACUCUUGUCCUUGAAGUAGAGGAAGCCGUAGCACAGAUGGAAACUGAUUCUGUCAGCGAAACCACCUCAACUGCUGCAACUCCUUCUCGCCUUCUACUUAACCAAGAAUUUCUCAAGCAAGGUAAGACAAGCCGAGGGCGAGUUUAUGGAAUCGGCAGUGUGCAGCAAAAGGAAUUCAUCCUGACUGCGUCAGUCCAUGCAUCUCUUCAACGCAGCUUGGAUAUGGACAUGUGCAUCUCCAGUGUGGAGACUCAUUCUGAAGCUGUCAACAACAAUGUUGAAACUCUGAAGUCAGAGAUGACUGAACUCAAGGAAAACGUGGUGGCGAUGAAGGAUGAGAUGAAGGAGGAGCUAACAUUGCUGGCUUGUCUUUGGGGGCAAAGCUCUGAGUUUGUCGUGCAACCACCUCUUAUUCUACCAGAUUUUUUCAUGGACAAUGCUGCUCAGAAACAGAUUCAGGAUGAUAUCACUGCAGCUGCAGCUGAGCUCGAUGAUGGCGACUAUGCUGUGGAAAUGGAUGGCCUUGAGCUCAUGGAUACAAUACACGGAAUUUUCCACAACCCAAACCUUUAUUUUGUCAAG